CAACGACUCGGGGCCCUUGGUAGUGUGCUCCGGCUACGGGUGCCAUGUGCCAAGGACCGGGUGCACAUGCAGUGCAUUGUUGGUAGUGUGUCUAGAACGGACGGAGGACUCAAGCACGGGGACCGACAUUGCUGCGAGAUCAAGCUGCCCGCCGUCAUGGCGCGUCUCUUCUUCUUCCUCCUCCUCCUCUUUCCCCUCCUCUGCUCCUCCGUCACCGGGCUCAGGCGCAGCGACUUCCCGCCGUCCUUCCUCUUCGGCGCCGGCACGUCGGCUUACCAGAUUGAAGGCGCCUACCUAGAAGACAACAAGGGCCUGAGCGAUUGGGAUGUCUUCACUCAUAUUCAAGGAAAGAUUGAGGAUGGAAGCAAUGGCGACGUGGCCACUGACCAUUAUCAUCGAUACAAGGAGGACAUAGAAAUAAUGCAUUCGCUUGGCCUCGACUGCUACAGAUUCUCAUUGUCCUGGUCGAGAAUACUUCCAAAGGGUCGCUUCGGAGGUGUUAAUCCGGCAGGCGUCAAAUUCUACAAUAGCCUCAUCAACGGCCUGCUAGGAAAAGGGAUACAACCAUUUGUGACGAUCAACCACUAUGACAUACCCCAGGAACUCCAAGAAAGAUACGGCUCCUGGUUGAGCCCAGAGAUUCAGGAGGACUUCACCUACUUUGCUGAGCUUUGCUUCAAGAUGUUUGGUGACCGAGUAAAGCACUGGGCUACAUUCAAUGAGGCAAAUUUUCUGACAAAGCUCAAAUACUCCAUGGGGAAGUUUCCACCCAGCCACUGUUCCGAGCCGUAUGGGAAAUGCAAUUCUGGCAAUUCAUCGACUGAGCCCUACAUUGCAGCGCAUAACAUGAUAUUAGCUCAUGCAAUGGCAGUCAACAUCUACAGAAAAAAUUACAAGGUCAAGCAAGGUGGCUCUAUUGGAAUUUCACUAUAUAUGAGAUGGUAUGAACCACUGAGGAAUAUCACAGAGGACCACUUGGCAGUAAGCCGAGCUCUGUCUUUCCAAGCUCCAUGGUUCCUGGAUCCCUUGUUCUUUGGUGACUAUCCUCACCAAAUGCGCCAAAUCUUAGGUCCAAACUUGCCGAAAUUCACUAAAGGAGAGAAGCAACUACUGAAAAACCAAAUUGACUUCAUUGGCAUAAAUCACUACGAAACAUUAUACAUCAAGGAUUGCAUACAUUCUCUAUGUGAUUUGGACACCUACGCUGGUGAUGCUUUAGUUACUGAAUCAGCAGAACGAAAUGGGAUACUCAUUGGAAAACCGACACCGGUUGCAAACACCUGUGUGGUUCCAAGCUCUAUGGAGAAGCUGGUCAUGUAUUUAAAGCAGAGAUAUAAAAGCAUACCUUUGUACAUCACAGAGAAUGGUUAUGCGCAAAUAGGCAAUAGCAGCACCACAACAGAAGAAUUAAUUAAUGAUACUGAAAGAUCAAGUUACAUUCAUGACUACCUCACUUACUUGAGCUUAGCUAUAAGGAAAGGAGCAGAUGUGAGAGGUUAUUUCGUGUGGUCUUUGAUGGAUAACUUCGAAUGGCUCUCUGGUUACACCACAAAGUACGGUCUUUAUUAUGUGGACUUUAAGUCACUAAAGCGAACACCAAAACUGUCUGCUAAAUGGUACAGCAAGUUUAUCAAGGGCAAUGAACAUAUAGAGAUGGCCUCUGACGAAUCACCUAAGCAUAUGGUUUCCUAGCACAGAAAUACAUAAUUCUCAAGGUCCAUAUAUGUACAAUACUCAGUGAUAUGAUAAAGAUAUUUACACAGGAAAUUAUUUGGUUAAUUUCCUCGUGUCCAUGUAUGCCAGUGCCAUAAACUCUCAACCAUUUUUUAUCAAAUAUGCAUCUAAAGGGAGUU